AUGCUUGUAGAUGUUAUGAGCGAUGCGUUUAAAGAACAGGCGGCACACGAAGAAAUGAUUGCAAGAAUUUUAAGUCGACCGUUCAAAGUCCCAAUCCCCGGAUAUGUUGGUAGUCAGCGGUUUUUGGGUCUUCGUAGGUCUGGAGUCAGGUGCUCGUUGUUCGAUCCAUAUGCUGAAGGCGCGCUUGUGCUGUACACUCCACGUGAACUCAGUGCGCAUGAGGCUUUAAAGUUGGACGAAAGUAAGAAGGAGGUGCAUGUAGUUGUAGACCCAGUACUGAGUUCAAUUCUGAGACCUCAUCAGAGGGAGGGUGUAAAGUUCAUGUUUGAUUGUGUAAUGGGUACAAGGAUACCGUUCUCAAAUGGUUGUAUAAUGGCUGAUGAGAUGGGUUUGGGGAAGACCUUGCAAUGCAUAACGUUGAUGUGGACAUUGCUGAGACAAGGUCCGGAUGCGAAGCCGACGAUUUCUUUAGCUGUGAUUGUAUGCCCAAGUAGUCUUGUUAAGAAUUGGGACAAAGAGAUCAAUAAGUGGCUUGGGGGACGUGUGAAUUCACUACCUGUCGAUUCUGGCAAGAAAGAGGAAAUUGAUAAGUGUUUGAAUCAGUUUAUUUCUCAGGUGGGGACGAGAUGUCCGACUCCUGUUUUAAUAAUUUCUUAUGAAACUUUUCGUUUACAUGCUAAUGUUCUUCUGCGGGGCGAAGUGGGCCUUGUUAUUUGUGACGAAGGCCAUCGUCUGAAAAACAGUGAUAAUCAAACAUACCAAGCUUUAUCUAGUUUGCAAUGCGUCAGAAGAAUUUUAAUUUCCGGAACGCCUAUUCAGAACGAUUUACUUGAGUACUACAGUUUGGUAAACUUUGUUAACCCCGGCAUGUUGGGCACAGCAGGUGAGUUUAAGAGAAAGUAUGAAAGUGUCAUUUUGCGGGGUCGAGAUGCAGAUGCUACUCAGUUGCAGCGUGAGAAAGGAGACGAAGCUUUAGCAGAAAUGGCAUCAGUUGUAAAUAAGUGUAUAAUUAGACGGACUUCUGCUUUACUCACUAAAUAUUUACCGGUUAAAUAUGAACUAAUAGUAUGUUGCAAGUUGAGUGAAUUACAAGAGAAAUUAUACCGCAAACUGGUCUCAUCAAAAGCAGUUAAGCAAGAGCAAUACAACGACGAUGCUAAAUUUACUGGAACAACGCUUUCCUUCAUCACUAAUUUGAAAAAAUUGUGCAAUCAUCCGCAAUUAAUUUAUGAAAAGUGUAAUCUUUUAUUUGAAGGUUGUAUAGACUUGUAUCCUUCGGGUUUCAACCAUCGGAAGUUUGACGCAGCAUUUUCUGGGAAAAUGAAAGUGUUGGAUUUCAUCCUAGCGGUUGCCAGGAAAACGACGGAUGACAAAUUUGUUUUGGUAUCUAAUUACACGCAGACCAUUGAUUCUUUUGAAGAGCUGUGCAAGCUUCGGCGUUAUGAUUAUGUGCGUUUAGACGGUAGCUAUUCGAUUAAGCAGCGUGCAAAAAUAGUUGAGGGCUUUAAUGAUCCAGAGAGUACUAAAUAUAUUUUUCUGUUGUCCUCGAAAGCCGGAGGGUGUGGCUUGAAUCUUAUUGGAGCUAACCGACUUGUCAUGUUCGAUCCUGAUUGGAAUCCAGCGAAUGAUGAUCAAGCUAUGGCUAGAGUAUGGCGUGAUGGUCAGAAAAAACAUUGUUUUAUAUAUCGUCUCUUGGCGACAGGGACUAUAGAGGAAAAGAUGUUUCAACGUCAAACUCAUAAGAAGGCCUUAUCUUCAUGUGUCGUUGACGAAGAAACAGAUGUUGCACGUCAUUUUAGCAAGAAUCAGUUGAAGCAUUUGUUUGAGUUGAAAACCGAUACUCCUUCAGACACACAUGACUCGUUGAAAUGCACGCGAUGUGUCAACGGAUUGGAGGGUCGCGAACCUCCUGAAUCGGCAGACACUGGGUCAGAUCUGAGCGAUUGGUAUCACAGCCAAAAAGAUUUCCGGAAAGUGCCGGACCAGGUCUUGAGAAGUGUAUUCGACUGUGGCAGCAUAACGUUUGCAUUCCAUCAGAAGUCCCAUGAGAAAGUUUACAGUUUUGAUGAGCAGCCAUAA